AUAGUUUUCGCAAAAAAACAGAAAAUUGAGAAACCUUUUCUGAGAAAUCAAAUUCUGAGCAAAAUGAGACGCCCUCUAGCACAUCUCUAGGCUAAGAUAAGGCCAUUUUACUUUCAGAGAUCAGAUUGACCCGGAAUCCUUUGCGAUGUUUGCCAAUAAGUCAGCCGAGAAAGACGCUGGAAAGCCCGAUAAGAUCUCCUUUUACUCAGAACUCGAUGCACAUUCAGAUGCGAUGCCUCGCCAGGAUAAUGACUUUCCGAAGGGUUCUGAGAGAUUUCCAGAGAGUCGGUUUCUCAGUAAACCUCGUCAUUACUCUGUGACCCUUCAUGAGGCAUCGCAUCUGAAUGCGCUAAAACGAAGCAUACUUUUGUGAAGCAGGGUAAGGCGAAUCUUCUGGUGUUUGAAAGAAGUCUCCAGCUCUCAUGGCAAAAAACAAGAUAGCAUUGCGCGGUGAGAACCUCAAGGUUCGAGUGAUCAGUGUUUGAUCAGCUACAAGAGUUUAAGAUUUGAAGAAAAGUCAUCGAAUGACAAGUGCCCAGAUGUGGUUCGCGAUGCCGAAUUCGAAAAUCGCACCGGUGAGAUCGAAAAAUGAAAAGAUCAGGAGAUAAUCGAGAUUUUUCUGAAAAAUCGGUUUCCGAGGUUUUUCAUGCUCUCACAGUAUUUUGAGGUUUUCUGCAUGAAAACUCGGUCAAAUGGAAAAAAUAAGAUCAAAUGCGUGAUCAGCAGCGUCCGACGAAUCAGAAUAUGUGUUUGACAUUUCAAAAGCUUUUUCACUUGAUUUUGAAUUUAUUACUAUUGUUGUUGUUAUAGAUUUUCUUUCUUCUCCGUCUUUCCCUUUAUACUGUUAACUUUUUAUGCACCUGUACAACAUGCUGUAAUGGCCUUAGGGCUUGCAUGUGUUAUUAGUUAUUUUUCUACCAAUAAAGCUUGAACCAAGAAGGCGUAAAGUUUCUUCAAAUAUUUUUGAUACAAAUUAUGAUCCUUUAUCUGAGAUGAUCUUAACUGGACAUCCGAAACGGCAAAUAACUUCAUCAUGAAGUAUUUGUGCUAUGCUGAUUGAACACGUAUUUUGCAAUGUAUUAUUCUAAUAACGAAGUAGAGCUGAGAAAAAUUGCAGAAUUUGAGGCCACAUAUACGUCAGAUAAAGCAGUUUAGUGGUAUACGUGUUCCUCUUUCGUUCGUUUAAUGAAUCAGGUGUUACGUACACAAGACCACGAUUAUUUGUAUAUGUUUCGUUUUUUUAUUAAUGAAUUACAUAAUCAACUGAAUGAACUGUAUCAUAGUCGUCCUCAACUGCCAUUAUCAUUCGUUUACAGAGAUAAUGUUCUACCAUCUAGCAUUGUUCAAAUAUGAAAAAAAAUGUUGAAGAAUUGGCAUCAAUCAAGACGUAUUUAUCAACAACUACAAAUCAACGAGUUAGUGAUCUUUAUUGUGGAAAAGGUGAUCCGAUUAACUUGACCGAAGAAAAGCAUCAACGUUCUGUUGAAUUAACACAUUAUUUGAAAAGACAAAUUGGUGAAACAUCAACACUCUCAACACUAGGAGAGUUUUUAAGCGAAAUUGGUGAGUAUGAAAAAGCAGAAAAGUUCUAUUGGAUGUUACCAGAAGAAAUACCAAAAGAUGAUGAGCGUCAAGGAAUGGUUUAUAAUAGUUUAGGAUGUCUUCUGUAUGAAAUGAAUAGUAUUGCUGCUGCACAACACUAUUUCGAGCAAGCAAUUGAAAUAAUGAACAUCACAAAUAGUGAUCCCCAAUCAAUUUUAACUACAUGUAAUUAUGAAAUGGCUUAUUUGGAUAGUCUUCUACAUACAGUCACAUCACACGCAGAAACAAUUGAAUUGCUAACAUGA